CUGCGUCCUGCCUGACCAGAAUAGAUAGAGAGUCGCCAAAUCUCCCGGUUAAUGGCGUUAAUGCGAUCAAAACUCCGUCUUUCUCCAUCCAUUUCCAUCAUCUCUCCCCUUUUACCAAAACCCUUCACCACCUCCGCAACUUCUCUAGACCAUGACCAUGAAAACGACGAAUCCGCCGCCGCCACCGCCGUCGUCUCUGUCUCACCUGUGUUAACUCCUGAAGAUACACAGACCAUAGAAAAGUUCCAUUCCAUCAUCAAAGAUCACUACCGCAAAAACCCUACUAACCCCAACGACGCCGUCUUAAACCCUAGCUUCACCCUCCCUUCUCUCUCCCUCGAUUUCUCCCAAAUCGACGCCUCUCGAAUCUCCCCCUCCGUCGUGCGAUGCGUGAUAGAGAAGUGCGGCGGCGUCCGCCAUGGAAUCCCUCUCCUACAGUCUCUAGCUUUCUUCAACUGGGCCACCUCACGAGACGAGUACGACCAGAAAUCGCCUCACCCUUACAACGAAAUGAUCGAUCUCGCCGGAAAGGUAAGACAUUUCGACCUAGCUUGGCACUUGAUUGACCUAAUGAAAUCGAGAAACGUAGAGAUUUCGAUCGAGACCUUCACGAUUCUGAUUAGGCGUUACGUUAGAGCUGGGUUAGCUUCAGAGGCUGUACAUUGCUUUAAUCGAAUGGAAGAUUACGGAUGCGUUCCUGACAAAAUCGCGUUUUCGAUAGUCAUUAGCAUCCUCUCUAGGAAGAGAAGAGCCAGCGAAGCUCAGUCUUUUUUCGAUAGCUUGAAGGAUAAAUUCGAACCGGAUGUUAUAGUUUACACUAACUUGGUUCGUGGUUGGUGCCGAGCUGGUGAAAUCUCCGAGGCAGAGAGAGUGUUCAAGGAGAUGAAAGUGGCUGGGAUUGAACCAAACGUGUAUACUUACAGCAUUGUGAUCGAUGCGUUGUGUAGAUGCGGGCAAAUCAGCCGCGCGCACGAUGUGUUUGCGGAUAUGAUAGAUUGUGGUUGUGCUCCAAACGCCAUUACUUUCAAUAACCUGAUGAGAGCUCAUGUGAAAGCAGGAAGAACAGAGAAGGUUUUGCAGGUUUAUAAUCAGAUGAAGAAGCUAGGAUGCGAAGCCGACACGAUAACUUAUAACUUCCUGAUUGAGACUCAUUGCAGAGACGGGAACUUGGAGAAUGCCGUUAAGGUCUUGAACUCGAUGAUCAAGAAGAGAUGCGAGGUGAAUGCUUCGACUUUCAACACGAUAUUUAGGUACAUCGAGAAGAAGAGAGACGUGAAUGGCGCGCAUAGGAUGUAUUCGAAGAUGAUGGAAGCAAAGUGUGAGGCUAACACUGUGACUUAUAAUAUACUGAUGAGGAUGUUUGUGGAGUCGAAAUCUACUGAUAUGGUUUUGAAGAUGAAGAAAGAGAUGGAUGAGAAAGAAGUUGAGCCGAAUGUGAAUACUUAUAGGCUUUUGGUUACGAUGUAUUGUGGGAUGGGGCAUUGGAGUAAUGCUUAUAAGUUCUUUAGAGAGAUGGUUGAAGAGAAGUGUUUGAUACCGAGCUUGUCUUUAUAUGAGAUGGUUCUUGCUCAGUUGAGAAAAGCUGGGCAAUUGAAGAAGCAUGAAGAGUUGGUGGAGAAGAUGAUUCACAAGGGACUCGUUGCUCGGCCAUUGUAGGAACCUUCCUAAGCAUUAAAUGAGAACUCUUUUUUUCUUUUUCUUUUUGUCGAGAAACUAUAAGAAUAUUUUAAAAGCAGUUUUAUUGCUAAUCAGAUUUUGUAACUUCGUUUUGGGCACAACACUGGUUUAACUUGCAUCAAGAAUAAUUAAUGUACCAUGUAGUCAUGUACUCUUCGUUUUCUCUUGAAAUGCAACUUUUUCU